CUGGGAUGUUUUCCAGCUGUUGUGGGCAGGCAGGAGCAGCAGCAGACCAGGGCAGCCGGGCAGUGUCCUGUCUGGCCUAAGGGAAAGGCCGGCGAGACCCAGCAGCAGCAAAGCCAAGGCGAUCCCAAGAAGGGUCCGCGAGCAGCCAUUAUGCCAGCCACGGGAGGGGACCCCAAAGGAGAGGAUUAUUCCACUGCUAUACUGCGCCAAAAGCAUCGUCCUAACCGUCUCAUUGUGGAUGAAGCUGCCAAUGAAGACAACAGUAUUGUGUGCUUGUCUCAGGCUAAGAUGGAGGAAUUGCAUUUGUUCCGUGGGGACACAGUGCUGCUGAAAGGGAAGAAACGUCGGGAGACUGUGUGCAUUGUACUUACAGAUGACUCCUGUCAGAGUGAGAAGAUUCGCAUGAACCGUGUAACUCGCAACAACUUGCGAGUCCGUCUUGGAGAUGUGGUCAGUGUCCAGGCCUGUCCAGAUGUCAAGUAUGGAAAGCGGAUCCACGUUCUGCCCAUUGAUGACACCAUUGAAGGCAUGACAGGGAACCUCUUUGAAGUUUACCUCAAGCCCUACUUUCUGGAGGCUUAUCGACCUGUACACAAAGGUGACAUUUUUCUGGUGCGAGGGGGAAUGAGAGCUGUGGAGUUUAAGGUGGUUGAGGUGGAUCCCACUCCCCAUUGCAUCGUGGCUCCUGACACUAUCAUCCACUGUGAGGGAGAGCCCAUCAAACGAGAGGAUGAAGAGGAAAACCUCAAUGAUGUUGGCUAUGAUGAUAUUGGGGGCUGCCGCAAACAAUUGGCUCAGAUUAAGGAGAUGGUGGAGUUACCAUUGAGACACCCGGCACUCUUCAAAGCUAUUGGUGUGAAGCCUCCUCGAGGGAUUCUCCUUUAUGGUCCUCCUGGCACUGGGAAAACGCUUGUGGCCCGGGCUGUUGCAAAUGAAACUGGAGCCUUUUUCUUUCUGAUCAAUGGCCCAGAAAUUAUGAGCAAAUUAGCUGGAGAAUCCGAGAGCAACUUGCGUAAAGCAUUUGAGGAAGCUGAGAAGAAUGCUCCAGCCAUCAUUUUUAUUGAUGAGCUGGAUGCCAUUGCUCCUAAGAGGGAGAAGACACAUGGGGAAGUAGAGCGCCGUAUUGUUUCUCAGCUCCUCACACUCAUGGAUGGCCUGAAGCAACGCUCACAUGUGAUAGUUAUGGCUGCCACCAAUCGACCCAACAGUAUUGAUCCUGCCCUGCGUCGAUUUGGGCGUUUUGACCGAGAAAUUGACAUUGGGAUCCCAGAUUCAGUGGGAAGGCUGGAAAUAUUGCAGAUUCAUACCAAGAACAUGAAACUGGCUGAUGAUGUGGAUUUGGAGAAGGUUGCCAAUGAGACGCAUGGCCAUGUGGGUGCCGAUUUGGCAGCAUUGUGCUCUGAGGCAGCACUCCAGGCAAUCCGGAAGAAGAUGAACGUCAUUGACCUGGAGGAUGACACCAUUGAUGCCGACAUCCUUAACUCCAUGGCUGUUACCAUGGAUGACUUCCAGUGGGCUCUUGGCCAGAGUAACCCCUCAGCACUACGUGAGACUGUAGUAGAAGUGCCACAGGUCAGCUGGGAUGAUAUUGGGGGUCUUCAGGAAGUGAAACGUGAGCUGCAGGAGCUGGUGCAGUUCCCAGUGGAGUAUCCUGACAAGUUCCUGAAGUUUGGGAUGACGCCAUCAAGAGGUGUUCUGUUCUAUGGACCGCCUGGGUGUGGCAAGACGCUGCUGGCCAAGGCCAUUGCCAAUGAGUGUCAAGCUAAUUUUGUCUCCAUCAAGGGUCCUGAGCUGCUCACCAUGUGGUUUGGAGAGAGCGAGGCCAAUGUCCGUGAUGUUUUUGACAAGGCCCGGCAGGCAGCACCCUGUAUCUUGUUUUUUGAUGAACUGGACUCCAUUGCUAAAGCACGGGGUGGUGGUGCAGGAGAUGGUGGAGGUGCAGCUGACCGUGUUAUCAACCAGAUCCUCACUGAGAUGGAUGGCAUGACCAACAAGAAGACAGUUUUUAUAAUUGGUGCCACCAAUAGACCAGAUAUCAUCGACCCAGCCAUUCUUCGUCCAGGGCGUUUGGACCAGCUCAUCUACAUCCCUUUGCCUGAUGAGAAGUCUCGAGUGGCUAUCCUCCAAGCCAACCUGCGUAAAUCACCUGUUGCAAAGGAUGUGGACUUGAAUUAUCUGGCUAAAAUCACACAUGGCUUCUCUGGUGCAGACCUCACUGAAAUCUGCCAACGUGCCUGCAAGCUUGCCAUCCGUGAGGCCAUUGAGAUGGAGAUCAAGGCAGAACGGGAACGCCAGCGUCACAAAUAUGCUGCUAUGGAUGAUGAUUAUGAUCCAGUACCAGAGAUCCGCCGUGAUCACUGUGAGGAAGCAAUGCGCUUUGCUCGCCGCUCAGUCAGUGAUAAUGACAUACGCAAAUAUGAGAUGUUUGCCCAAACAUUACAGCAAAGCCGUGGCUUCGGUAAUUUCAGGUUCCCAGCAGGAAAUCAGAACAGUGGUGGGACAGGCAGCACUGGAAGCAACAGCGGCCAAGGGAGCCUUUUCCAGGAAGAGGGUGAUGACGAUCUCUACAACUGAUUGCCUGGGGAAUGCCUACUUCUGCUGGAACUGUUGGUCCCCACUGCUUAUUAUUACCAUAUUUCAUGUGGAAUCUGGAGUGGGAGGCUCUGCAUCCUGUUCUCUUUCACCCUUCUAUACAAAAUCUGGCAACAAACGACUCACAGCUAAUUUUAAUAUGUGAGGCCAUUCUCUUAUUCCCCAUUUGUGUAAUAUGUGAGGCCAGGUGCCUCCUUCCAAGUAUUUCGAACGUCUUGGCUAUGACUUUGAAUCUCGUGGUUUGUCCUAUCGUUGUGCUUGCAGGAUGUUAAGACGGUACCCCUCCCUUUCACUAGGGGGAACCAAUGCCCAAGCAGCUGAAGAACCCUGCUGGAUCAGACCAAAGGCCCAUCUAGUUCAGCAUCCUGCAUUCAACAGCAAUCCACCAGAUGCCUCUCCAAGUAAGAUGUGGAGCUGUCCACUCAUCCUCUUUGUCUUGUCUCAAACAGUCCCAAGAUAGCACUCGUUCCUUUUAGGACUGUAUUGAUGACUCCUUAUGUAGAACUCAGACAGCUGGAGGCUCUGCAGUCUCCCAGCUCUGCUUGCUAGACAGCACCACCUGCUUGCACUGGUCUUGUCUGCCUUACAGCAAAGGCAGCUUUUGGAACCUGGUUAUUCAUGAGACUGUAUGAACUCCAGUUUGUAUCAUCAGGUGAUGGAAGCAUCUGGGUAUCCAAUAAACUGGAAUUGCAUGCCCAUGCUCCUGGGAAAAAAGCUCUGUAAAAGAUGUCACAUAAUAAAGGCCUGUGCUAUAGUG